CGUGAUAGCAAUUUACGACACUGUUGGCAAUCGUAGAGACGACUACACGCUUUUUUUCCACAGUCAACGCGUCGUAGUAAUGCGUUAAAUUAACUUUUUUUUUUUUUUUUUUGCAAAUCAAGCCAGACUAAAUGAGCGUUUUUGAUCUAUUUCGAGGCUUCUUUGGCGUUCCCGGUGGCCAUUUUCGUGGGCGAAGGGACCCCUUCUUUGAUUCCAUGACCCGGGAUGAAGAUGACGAUGACGAAGAUGAUUCCUUCUACUAUGAUGGCUUCCGGGGGGACGGGCAGGACCCCUUUGACAGCGCUUGGAAAUUCGGCUUCAGCUUCAGUCCCGACGGGAUGAGAAUCCAAGAACCGCCUCUGUUUGGCCAGGUCCUCAGGGAGAUGGAGGAGAUCUUUUCCCAGCUGGGUCGCUGGGACUCACAUUCUGGUAAUGCUGACAUUUUAGGGAUUGCAAUUGGGAAAUAUUUUGAGCUGUCAUUAUUUAUUGUAGGUAUUCCCAGCAUUGCGCCACCGCCACGACAGGAGGGAAGUCGUGGAUCCAGCGGUAACCCCUUGAGAGACUUCAUGCUCAAAUCUCCUGAUAGUGACAGCCAGAGGAGAACUGAUAUCCAUCCUUCCUAUGAGUCCCCACAUUUCUCAGGCGUCACCCCUUUUUCCAAAUUCAAUGAUGUCUGGAGACAAAGGCUGCAGAAAAUUCCAGCAGACGAGCGUAAAGAAGACAAAGACCUGGACUCUGCCGUGUCCUCUGGUGGUUUGGAUCAGAUUCUGAGGCCGCCCGCCGAUCAGUUGCCGAGUCAGCAGCCUCGAAGCAGGUCCUUCUUCCAGUCCGUGACUGUCACCAAAGUGCUGAAACCUGAUGGGACAAUGGAGGAGCGGCGCACGGUCAGAGAUGGCAAAGGCAAUGAAGAGACCACCGUGACCCGCUCAGGAGGCCGUAGUGGUCAGGAGGGACCAGGACUUCAUACCGGACCUGCCCUACCAGGUUCUUCAUUUUCAGACAUGCCGGACGACGACAGCGACUUCUUUUCAAAGCUUUUUGGAGGCUUUAAAUGACUUGAUUAUAACACACGCAAUUUAUUUACAUUGUAGAGUGGUUGCAAGCCGAUGCCGCAAGGUGAGAUAAUGCAGAAAAAAUAUUAUAAAUGUAAUAAUAUAAAAAUAUAAAUAUAUUAUAUAUUAUCCUAAUUAUUGCAAUGUAUUUAUUUUUCUAUUGCUCCUUGGUGAUUGUUGAAUAAACAAUGUUGAGAUUG